CCAUCACUACCACCAGACGCUCCGCCGGUGCCUCGUCACUCCGCGCUGGAAGAUGGCUGCGGCGGACCGGCCCCCUGUUAGGGAAGGGAUCCGGAUAGUGUUCCUGUGUGUGGGCUGGUACACGGUCAGCUCGGGAGGAAACAUCGUGAACAAGAUCAUCCUGAACGGAUUCCCGUACCCGGUAACAGUCUCUCUGUUCCACAUCAUCUCCAUCGUCGUCUUCCUGCCUCCGCUGCUCCGGGCAUGGGGAGUCCCCGGCGCGGAGCUGCCCAGCAGCUACUACCGCUGGUUCAUCCUGCCGCUGGCCUUCGGGAAGUACUUCGCCUCCGUGUCGGCUCACUUCAGCAUAUGGAAAGUCCCCGUCUCCUAUGCGCACACGGUCAAAGCUACAAUGCCAAUAUGGGUUGUGCUCCUAUCAAGAAUUAUCAUGAAGGAGAAGCAAACCACAAAGGUGUAUGUAUCGCUCAUCCCCAUCAUCGGAGGAGUGCUGCUGGCCACAGCCACUGAGCUGUCCUUUGAUCUUUCAGGACUCAUCAGCGCUCUGGCUGCCACGCUCUGCUUCUCUCUGCAGAACAUCUUCUCCAAAAAGGUGUUGCGCGACACAAAGAUCCACCACUUGAGGCUGCUCAACAUCCUCGGCUUUAAUGCCGUGAUCUUCAUGCUGCCCACCUGGGUUCUGGUGGAUCUCUCUGUGUUUCUUGUUAACGGAGACCUGACGGACUUCACAGGAUGGACGGGUACCUUCGUCCUCCUGCUCAUCAGCGGCUUUUGCAACUUCGCUCAGAACGUCAUCGCCUUCAGCGUGCUGAACAUCGUCAGCCCGCUCAGCUACGCCGUCGCCAACGCCACCAAGAGGAUCAUGGUCAUUAGCAUAUCGCUGCUAAUGCUGCGCAACCCAGUCACCAUGACAAACGUCAUGGGUAUGAUGACGGCCAUAGUCGGGGUCUUCCUCUACAACAAGGCCAAGUACGACGAUAACAAGGAGAAGAAGCUGCUGCCGAGCACCAAGCAGGACCUGAUGACCUUCGACAACCCGGCACUGGAGAAGAUCCAGGCCAACGGGUCAGUGCCUUUCUCCCACGGCUCAGAGCAGCAGCACAACUGGAACAACGUGUUGACCGACCACUUCCAGUACAGCCGGCAGGCCUACACGACAAACCUUAGCAGCAACCACCAGUAUGUGGUGUAAAGGAGGAGCCUGUCAUAGACAUAACUGUGUAGCCGCCCUCCCAGCAGCGGGACGCAGCCCCGCUCCAAACACGAGACUGAAGGCAAGUGCUGUUUGUUCUGGAUAGGAAGAAUGAGACGGCCAGUGACGUGACCUCUCCCACGCUCCUCCCCCCGUCUAAACUCCACUUUCUGACAGCUUCGCUGUACGUCAUUGUUUAUUUAUUAGUUUGGUACCGACUGUAUGGGAUGGAAACAAAACUUAAAUCACCUGUUGUCAGACAUUUUGGUGACAGAUUCAGCCGUGUUAUAUGGACACAGAAAUGUGCCACAGCAGGUGGACACAUAAAAGGUAGUUGACGAAUGAUUUGCACCUUACUGUCUGGAAAUGUCUGAGUUUUGUUUUCACAACCAGCCAUAAUUCGUUUUGGGUUAUUUUGUUCACUUUCAGAGGAGAGGAUGCCAGCUGUAAUUAUUUAAUGUGAACGCUAACUUGCACCGAAACAACAGUCAUGUUACAUUUUGUAACAAACAAAUCUCAGAGGAAGGCCUCAAUAUUUUGGUUUUUAGGCAUUUCAUAUUUAGGGGUGGCAUUUUUCUUCAUGAGGCGCCAGUAAUGACGUGAGGAGAAACAAUCUGUUUGAAUUGUUGUCCUCAGUGAAUAAAACGUGUUCCACUCUUCAGAAGCUUCAGGUCAGAUGGGACUUGUUUGGAGACAGUGGAGGAUUUUAGGUGACGCUCAGAUUUGACAUGAAGAUACGAUCCUCUCACUUUUCUCUAUUGGGUGAAAAUUUCAAUUCAUUUAUGACUAAAUUCCUGCAAAACUAGUAACAAUUCCCAUCAACCUCAGCUUUGUUUAGUGCUAAUGUUAGCAUACUAGCAUGCUAUACUAACAUGGUGAACAUUAUAACAUCAGCAUGUUAGCAUGUUAACAGUAGCAUUUAGACUGCACUCACUUUCCAACGUGGUUCAAAAUUACACGUGCCUGAUGAAGAAAAAUGCCCACAUUUUGAAAUAAAAUUUAAUAAAUCCAUUCAAUGCGUCUGCAAAGAGCUGAUGCUGUUGAACCGUAAAGAUUCAGUCACACUUGUUAACCGCAAGUGUUUUCACCUGCCACUGUCAAACGCACACACAUAAAGCCUCCCAUGUCUUUGAACGGAGAUAAACCUUCAGAGUGAGACCAGUUCUGUCACCCAGAACAGUCAGUGACCUCCCACAGAUCUGUCCUUGUCCCCAAGAUAGCAAAUACUUCCACCUUUUGUUAUUAUUAAUGCAUUAAUGUAAAAAGUUCAAAUUAGAUUUACCAAAACAAACUGUAAGGAUGCUCAUGUUUCAUCUCUCUUAGAGAGUCUAACCAUGUAAAAUGUAGUAGAGAUUCAUUAUGUUGCCGUCACAGUUUGGAGUUGAAGAAUCAAUUUAAAACAAUACAGUGCUUGUUUUUUUUAAUUGGUAUUUAUUGAUCUGUGAAGCUUCUCAGGCAGAGUGAGAUUUUCUCUCCUGUCAGGCGAUUGAACCAAAGCUGCUCUGUCGUGUUUAUGUUUUGUUUUUUAAACAGAGGCCCGGUUCGAGUUUGCACAUCAUGAAACAACAAAAUGUGUUACGCAGAUUGUGACCAUCUGUCUGUCAAGUGACUUUAAAAUCCUGGUGUUUUUAUUUUAAAAGCAUUUUGUAACAUUGGUGUCAGACGGUCACUGGACAGAUUAAAAUGAGACAUCGUGCAUGAAAUCACAGGUUUGGUUUGUGCAAUUAAAGAUUCAACUUUAAUUUCAGGUGGACGAGAGGUUUGAUUAUCUUUAUCGAUUACAGUCUGUUAACUAAUCAUUUAUUAAUGAAAAGCCUUUUUUUACUGCUUGAAGAACUGUUUAAUUUAGGAAACAUCAGUCACUUGCUUUCUCUUCUUGCAGGAUCUCUGAUGCGCGCUGAGCAUCUCACUGCAGCAAUAUAACAUUUCAUGUUCUUUUUUCUUUGUGAUUCAAAUGUCUCGGCAUCGGAAAUCAACGAAUCUGCUCAUUUAUUUUGUAGGGACAACGCACGUUGAUUGAAUUUUUGUAAAAGUGCCAGUUGUAGCCUGUGAGCUUGUUUUUUCAGCUGUAGAUGUGGGUAAGGGGGGAUAGUGCGGUUAUAUUCUAAUAAUAUGGCCUUUUUUGGUGUACUGUGUUUUUGUCUUUGACAAAUUUGAAACACUGUCACAGUAUUUAGUCUGGAGGGGAAAAGGGGAAAAAGGGUCGCUGCGCUCGGGGCUUCCCAGAGUCAAACUAGUAUCAAUAAUUAUCCUUUUUUUUAUUUAUAGAGAAAACUAGCUCUUAGUGCUGACAUAGUUUGUAGGAUCUUGGGAACCAGUAGCUGCUCAGUUUCCCUCCAGCAGGGAGGGAAAUCACCUCCGCCUGUUUUAAAGAAAGAUAUAAAGUUGAAUGUUUUACACUGAUUGAGAAAACACCUGUAUGUUGUCAUUUUUCAACAGCCCUGGAAUAAUUACUACUUUAUUCAAAUGUCUAUGUUUGGUUUUAUUAAGACCGCUGCUGUUCGUAUGUUGACUGUCGUGCACUUUGAGGCUGUGCUUUGUGGUGUUGGACUGCGUUAAACUGAAGCAAAAAAUAUCAGAAACGGCAGCCUCAAAAAUGACAAAGGAGUCGAAUGAAAACCUCCGAGACCUCCAAGUGUCAGCAUUGAUUAAAAUUAUACAUUUCAUAAAGGUAGCAUUUAUCUACUGGGAUGUUUUGUUUUCAGUUCAACUGUCAUGAAAACCUUCAUUACCAACAUGUUCAUUGAUUGAACUAUGUAACAUGAAAGUGUUGCUCAUAAUGGCAUAGUAGCAGAAAAUGAACAUCCAUCUCUGUGGAUGACCAACACGUUCUCAUCCCACCUCGUCACAUACUGACGCUGUGUCAGACCCCUUGGCGUCACUUUUCGCUCGCAGUAAACACGUGCUUAAUGUUGGAAAUUAAACAAAAACAAUUGCUGGGGAUUAGGCAACAAAAUCACUUAGUUAGGUUUUGGAAAAAACAACUUAGUUUGGGUUUAAGAUUACUACGUUUUUACAUUGAAAAUGUGACUUGAUGUUGUGAAUAUGGGACACAAAUGAACAGCUGAUUAUAAAGUGACACACGGGACACGAACCGGAUGAAAGCCCUGUGUUUGUUGAACCAUCCACUUCCCCUUCGGCCCGUCUCUUUUGCUUUUUAAACUACGUUACCAAACUCCUGCUGCACUUUCCCUGAGCGUUUACUGUUGCCACGGAUGAGGCAUACCGGUGCUAAGGGGUACCUUGUACGGCGGUAUUGAAUGUCGAUGGCCGUGACAAAGCGUCAGUAUUUGACGCCCUGGGAAUGAGAACGGGCCGGGAUGGCUCUAUGAAUGUUUGGUUUUACAACCGCUCAUAUCUAGUUGAGUUAAAUGUAAAUGCUCUUAACUCCCUUCAACACGCCGUUUAAAGCACCUUCCCAACAGCAGACUGAUUUACUGAUUGACAGCAGAACAGAGUGGAGCAUUCAACAGCUAAAGCACCAGAUCUUUAUAAGGAGUCGGCGUAGACCAAAACAGAGCGUAAAGAAGAGUGGAUGUCAUUCGUCAGGUGGCCAGAAACAUAUUGGUUUAUUUCACUGUCCAGAUAUGUUACUAAAUAUUAAGCAAUCAUGACUUCAAUUCUAAAUCACAUAUAUUUACAGAACAUUUUUCAAACAGAUUUGUUCUUGAUGUUUUGUCUACAGCAGGUGGAUCCUUCAUAACUUAAAAAGCUUGUUGUUGCAAAAGUAUUUUUGUAAAUGUCAGAGGGAAAUCUGCUUUUUAGUCAUCACAAAUACUUUUAGAAACAAUCAAAAUUAGCUGGCAAAUGAUAUAUUUCAAUAAGGACACUUCUGUUGCAUAUCAGAUCACCCCUACAUGAUUAGAUAAAAGGUUUUGCGUGACGAUCAGAGGAAAGAACUCGUCUUUGGUUGUGAGGGGUGAGCAAAUAAAAAAACAAUCUAAACUUAUUAACAGCUGAGAAAUGUGAUUACAUGUUAACAUCGACGGACAACAUCCAAACAAAACUAUUGAAGAAAGAAACAACACAAUCCUUUCAUAGUUUAAGAAUGUAAUGUUCACAUGUCGGCUAACCUGCAGAACGGAAUAACGGUACAAGUCACAUUUGAACCUUCUGUGGUUGAUCUCACUGCCCGCUGCUGCAGCUGAUGUGUUUUAGACUCUUCAUGUUUCUUCCUCAUGUUGCCAAAAGCAGUGUGCAGCAAUAAGUACAACCUGUUUCAUGCAGAUGCACCACAGGAUGGGGGCCUUGUUUGCAGGUGGGCAUGAUAGUAAAAUUCAUACACUACAACAUGUAGGACACGUUAUAGUGUAUGAAUUUUCUUUAUGAUUUAGUUUCUCCGUGUCAUGCUGGCUGUUUUGUUUCUGUACGGUGAGCUAACUGGGAGUUAAUUUGGAUGUUGGCUCUCCUGUAAAGCUUUUAACUGGGAUGUAAAUGUUCAUGGAUGGAGAAAGGGGAGCUUACUUUGUAAAACUUGUAUAAUUAUUAUUUUUGUGGGUCUGCGAUGGAUCUCGAGGCAGACUUUUUACUUAACCGAUGUUUAUAGAUUUUUAUUUAUGGUGUCAUGGUACAAACAUGUUGUACAGAGGUGCAGCUAUGCACUGUCUUGUCUGCUUAUGUUUAGUAAAUGCUAUUUUUAAAUGUUGGGGGGGAAUAAAUGCAUUAUGGAAUACUGAA